UAGAUGAGAGGAGCAAUUUAGAAGCUGUUUGUGGCUGAGUUGAAACAUUUCUGCAGAAACACGUUUGGCUAAGGAGCCAUGGAGCCAAGAGAGAGGCGCCAUCAGCGAAUAAGGCAAGUGCUGCUUUUCUUUGUUUUCCUGGGAGGGUCUUUGGUGUGUUCAGAGCCCUGGCGCUAUUCUGUGGCAGAGGAAAUGGAGAUCGGCUCCGUUAUAGCCAAUGUGGUGAAAGACAUAGGUUUAGGUGUGGAAGAUUUGGUUGCACGGGGGGCAAGAGUCAUCUUUGACGACUAUAAACCAUAUUUACUGUUGGAUCAGCAGACUGGCAACUUGCUCUUAAAUGAGCAACUCGACCGGGAGGCACUUUGCCAUCUCACAGAGCCAUGUAUAUUGCAUUUCCAGGUAUUAUUUGAGAAUCCUUUACAAUUUUUUCGGGCUGAACUUUGGGUUAAAGACAUAAAUGAUCAUACUCCUGCCUUCCUAGACAAACACAUACUUCUGAAAAUCUCAGAAAGUACUGCUCCAGGAACCUCAUUCCAAAUGGACAGUGCUCAGGACUUGGAUGUAGGAAAGAAUGGUGUCCAAAACUAUACAUUAAGUCCCAAUCCUUAUUUCCACCUUAAAUUACAAGCCAGUGAUGACGACAGAAAAUACCCAGAGCUGUUACUGGACCAAUUUUUGGAUCGAGAAAAGGAGCCCGAGUUUAGAUUAACGCUAACAGCCUUGGAUGGCGGGUCUCCGCCCAGGUCUGGAACCACACUGGUUCGUGUUUUGGUUUUAGAUAUCAAUGACAAUGCUCCAGAGUUCGAGAGGCCUGUCUAUGAGGUUCAGGUACCAGAAAACAGCCCUGUGGACUCCCUGGUCGUCCGGGUGUCUGCUACAGAUUUGGAUGCGGGAAUAUAUGGAGAACUAUCUUACUCAUUUUCCCACGUCUCCACAGACAUACGGAAAACAUUUGAAAUCCACCCAAUUUCUGGUGAAAUCCAUUUAAAAGCGCUUCUGGAUUUCGAGUUAAUUCAGUCAUAUACAAUAAAUAUUCAGGCCGUUGAUGGGGGUAGCCUUUCCGGAAAAUCAGCAAUUUUAGUUCAGGUUGUGGAUGUGAAUGACAACGCACCAGAAAUAGUCAUGACAUCUCUUACCAGCCCCAUACCUGAAAAUUCGUCACCUGAAAUGGUGGUCGCUAUUUUUAGCGUACGAGACCGAGAUGCUGGGGACAACGGGAGGAUGGUGUGCUCCAUUCAGGAUGACCUCCCUUUUCUCUUGAAGCCUACCUUCAAGAAUUUCUACACCCUGGUAACAGAGCUACCACUGGACAGAGAGAGCCAGGCCGAGUACAACAUCACCAUCACCGUCACUGACCUGGGGACCCCCAGGCUGAAAACCCAGCACCACAUAACGGUGACGGUGUCCGACGUCAACGACAACGCCCCGGCCUUCAGCCAAAGCGCCUACACCCUGCGGGUGCGCGAGAACAACAGCCCCGCCCUGCACAUCGGCAGCGUGAGCGCCACGGACAGAGACUCGGGCGCCAACGCGCAGGUCACCUACUCGCUGCUGCCGCCGCACGACCCGCAGCUGCCCCUGGCCUCGCUGGUGUCCAUCAACGCGGACAACGGGCAGCUGUUCGCGCUCAGGUCCCUGGACUUCGAGGCGCUGCGCGCGUUCGAGUUCCGCGUGGGCGCGGCCGACCGCGGCUCGCCGGCGCUCAGCAGCCAGGCGCUGGUGCGCGUGCUGGUGGUGGACGACAACGACAACUCGCCCUUCGUGCUGUACCCGCCGCAGAACGGCUCGGCGCCCUGCACCGAGCUGGUGCCCAGGGCGGCCGAGGCGGGCUACCUGGUGACCAAGGUGGUGGCGGUGGACGGCGACUCGGGCCAGAACGCCUGGCUGUCGUACCAGCUGCUCAGGGCCACGGAGCCCGGGCUGUUCGGCGUGUGGGCGCACAACGGCGAGGUGCGCACGGCCAGGCCGCUGAGCGAGCGCGACGCCGUCCAGCACAGGCUGCUGGUGCUGGUCAAGGACAACGGCGAGCCGCCGCUGUCGGCCAGCGUCACGCUGCACGUGCUGCUGGUGGACGGCUUCUCGCAGCCC